AUGUAUAGGGAACGUGACGAUACCGACGGUCUCGUGGAAGCGCGGCGCGGGACUUACUGUUAUAUGGUUUCCGCUUUUCAAGCUUUUCCCUGUAUUACUACCCAUAGCCAUAAUGUGGGCCAUCUGCGGAUCUUGACGGUGAUGGACGCGCUGGCGCCGGAGCAUCCGGUGCGCACCGACCUCACGAUCAACAUCAUCCAGGACGCGACC